UCAAUGAGAAAAAACAUGCCACCCUGUUCAGACUCUAGUUUUGAUAAAAGCAUGGAAAUAUUAAGUGAAAAUGUCAAUCAAAGAAAUUUUACAAGGCAGUUGGCAAAGCCAAAAUCAGACCAAAAAACAGAAGAAUACAAAGAAGUUCCCAGAACACUGAAGACCAGAGCAAAAGCUGCAGAACGAGUCCAUGAAGAAAAUGGGGAUUUGGAGGUCCGCCGAAGCUGUAGACUUCGACAAAGUCGUUAUACCACUACAAAUGAUUCUGUUUUGCUUGACAAACUUAUAACAAAUACUGCAGAAGCAGUCUUGCAAAAAAUGGAUGUCAUGGAGAAGAUGCAUAGACGGCGAAUGAUGCAAGGCCUUGGAGUGUUCCACCACGAAGAAGAAGAAAACCUCGGUAUGUACUCCCGAGGAAAUAAAGAAAUUCAAAGAGCUGAUGAAGAAAUAGCUGAUAAUCAAGGUGAGGUUGUAGUUUCAUCAGAAGAAAGUGAAGAGAAGGAAGAUGAUGAUGGGCCAGGCACUCGAAAGCGCUACUACUUUCGACAGAGGAAAACUGUUGAGCGCUAUCAAGCUCCAUUGGAAAAACCAAAGCAACGUAAGAUGUACUUUUCGGGCCGCUCACCUGUUAGACAGAGAUACUCAUUUAGAAGUGCUCAGUCACAAGGCCCUUGCUGCAAAAGAACUAACAGACAGAGACAUGCAGUCCACAGCACUGAUUCCUCUUCCUCAGCUUCCUCAGCAUCCUCAUCUGAUGAUGAAGAGCAUUUUGAGAAGCAUAGGAAGCACAGCUGUAACAGAGAAUUAAGGUGGUGUUUUCCACUAAACUUUCGCAAAGAUGAGUUAAAGGGAAUUCACAAGGAUCGAAUGAAAAUUGGAGCAAGUCUGGCUGAUGUUGAUCCAAUGCAAAUAGAUCGUUCAGUACGAUUUGAUGCUGUAGGUGGUCUUUCUGACCACAUUUCAGCUUUAAAAGAGAUGGUUGUUUUUCCAUUGCUUUACCCAGAAGUCUUUGAGAGAUUCAAAAUUCAACCUCCAAGAGGCUGUCUAUUCUAUGGUCCACCAGGGACUGGAAAGACCCUGGUUGCUCGUGCACUUGCUAAUGAAUGUAGCCAAGGUGACAGGAGAGUCGCCUUUUUUAUGAGAAAAGGUGCCGACUGCCUGAGUAAAUGGGUGGGGGAAUCAGAACGACAGCUUCGUUUAUUAUUUGAUCAGGCCUACCAGAUGCGACCUUCAAUUAUUUUCUUUGAUGAGAUAGAUGGUCUUGCUCCUGUGAGGUCCAGUAAACAAGACCAAGUUCAUAGCUCUAUUGUAUCAACACUUCUGGCCCUUAUGGAUGGCUUAGACAGCAGAGGAGAGAUUGUGGUAAUUGGAGCCACCAACAGACUGGAUUCUAUAGAUCCUGCUUUACGAAGACCUGGGCGCUUUGAUCGAGAGUUCCUCUUCAGCUUGCCAAAUAAAGAGGCUAGAAAAGAGAUUUUCAAGAUUCACACGCGAGACUGGACCCCUAAGCCACUGGACACGUUUCUUGAAGAGCUAGCUGAAAAAUGUGCUGGAUACUGUGGUGCUGACAUUAAAUCCUUAUGUGCUGAAGCUGCCCUCUGUGCUUUGCGCCGCCGCUAUCCUCAGAUAUACCAAAGUAGUGAGAAACUGCAGUUAGAUGUCUCUUCUAUUAAAAUAACAGCAAAGGAUUUUGUCAUGGCUAUGCAGAAGACUGUUCCAGCUUCACAGAGGGCUGUGGCUUCACCUGGGAGAGCACUGACCCCUGUUUUAAAACCACUGUUUGAAAACACACUGUCAAGAAUUUUACAAGCCUUGCAGAUAGUAUUUCCCCACGCAGAGCUUGCACUAAAGAAGAACCAACAGCAAGACAGUUUAAAUCCUAUUUUAAGAAAUGAUGCAAUGGACAGUGAUGAGGAAUCACCAUCAAUCUUUGGAGAUAAGCCAAUGGAUAAAAUGCCUGGUAGCCAAAAGGAAAAAUUCCUCAAUUUUAGCAGAAAUGUGUAUUACCAGCCAACAUCUUGCAGGCCACGGUUCUUACUAGUUGGAGAGCCAGGAUGUGGGCAAACUUCUCAUUUGGCACCUGCAGUAAUACAUGCCCUGGAAGAGUUUCCAGUUUAUAUGCUAGACCUAUCUGUUCUGUUUGUUAGCACCACAACACCAGAAGAAGCAUGUGCACAGUUGAUGCGAGAAGCUCAAAGAACAGCACCAAGUAUAAUUUAUAUCCCACAUAUCCAUUUGUGGUGGGAGGCUGCUGGAGCUACACUGAAAGCGACUUUUACAACACUACUGCAGAACAUUGCAGCGUUUGCUCCAGUUUUAUUGCUUGCGACAUCUGAUGUGCGUCACAAACAUCUCCCAAAAGAGGUACAAGAAUUGUUUAUUAAUGAUGAGGAAGUUUUCAAAGUCCGGUUGCCUGGUAGGGACGAAAGAGGAGCAUUUUUUGAAGACAUAUUUAUAAAUCAAGCUGCUAAACCUCCUGCAUCAAAAAACAGAGCUCGGCAGACAUUGGAAGUACUGCCUGUAGCACCGCCACCUAAGCCUCGACAGCUGACAGAGGAAGAAAUAAGACAGCUGGAGGAACGGGAGGAGGAUACGUUGCGUGAACUUAGGAUUUUCUUAAGGGAUGUGACUCACAGACUUGUUAUUGACAGACGUUUCAGAGCUUUUACAAAGCCUGUUGACCCAGAGGAGGUACCCGAUUAUGACGCAGUUAUUAAACAGCCCAUGGACCUUUCGGCAAUUCUCUCUAAGAUUGACUUGCACCAGUACCUAACUGCAGGAGAUUUUCUGAAAGACAUUGAUCUAAUUUGUAGCAAUGCUUUAGAGUACAACCCAGAUAAAGAUCCUGGAGAUCGUCUCAUUAGGCACAGAGCUUGUUCUUUGAGAGAUACUGCAUACGCUAUGGUGAGGGAGGAACUGGAUGAAGAUUUUGAACAACGUUGUGAAGAAAUUCAAGAAUCUCGUAAAAAACGAGGUUGUAGCUCUUCAAAGUACGCUCCAUCUUACUACCAUGUAAUGCCACAGCAGAACUCUGUUAGUGGGUUUAAGAAAACAGACCCAAAGUGUAAUGAAAAAAUCAAGAUGCCAGCAGCACCUGUAGAUUCCAGUACUCCUCGCUCUAACGGUAUGUCAAAAAGAAAACGCAAGAAGGACAAAGGGGCUUCAGGUAUUGCAAUAAAGAGGAGGAAUUUUCAGUUCAAUAAAGAGAAUAAAGUUCCAGAAGACGAAAAUGAAGUAGGGAGUGAUGAAGAGUCUCCAGAAAAACACUUUUCUAACACAAAUCACACUGAAGUUGAGUCCCCACAGGAUUCUUCUGUGGAAGAAAAUGAAAACGUACUUCAAGAACGACAGAAAAAUGGGAAUGCAAAUAAAUCUGGGACAGAACAUGAAAGAGAGAGAUUUCUCCUUGUGGCUAAAUCUGUUUCUGAAAAGAAGCAUGUCGUGCUUCCUGAACAUUCACGCAUAAGAAAGGAGAGUGAAGUGCUGGAUUGCCAAACAGCAGAAAGUUCUAGAGAUGGAGAUCCAAAUGAUUCGUGGGUACCGCGUGUGACUCAUGCGGGACAUUCUCGAGUAGAAGAAGAACAGAUGAUAGGUGUUGAGAAAGAAAUGGAAGUUCUCACACAGCCAGUGAUUGUGGAUUACUGUGAGCUCAAACACCUGUUGGAUUCUGUAACUGUGCAAACUAAGAACUUAAAUAUAUUUCAAUUGGAAAAACUAUACGCUGCUCUUUGUCAGUGCAUUUACCGACACCGGGAAGAUUAUGACAAAACCCAGUUAGUGAAGGCAAUGAAGAAAGAAAUUGGAGCGUUCACUUAUCCUCAGUGA